CCUCUCUUCUCCUUCUUUUCUUCUUCUUUUCUAUUCUCAUAUUGCUCUCUUUUCUCUUUCUCUUUUGUCUUUACUUUUCCUAAUUUAUUAACUAUCUAUCUCUUCACUCUUUCUUUUCCUUGAUAUCUUCUCUCUCCUUUAUUCGUUUGGUUCCUUUUCUUCUUUUCUUUUUGUUGUGUUGUUGGUCUGAGGGUCAAGUUCUGCUCACGGUUAGCGAAGUUUGAAGAUGUGCCCCUGGGCAAUGGGACACGUACUUGGCGUUGUCACCCUUGGGUGGUGGCUUCACUGGGUUGAGACAAGGGGUGCCUUCACUCGUCACGGAAAGCCUUUCGACGUACAUUUAAGACAGGGAGGCAUCACCUUUGUCUUCCUGAAUAGUGCUUUCGACAACCCUCCACCCAGCAUAGAUACACCAUCGAAGUCGACCUCCGGUGCAUCCUCUAGAGAUCCGGAACGAUGCUCUUCGUUAUUUAGACACACUGGUAGCGUUGGUCUAGCCAAGACAGUCGCCGAAGGGCGCCUGAAGGUGCUAGAGGACGCGAUCACCAGGAUGUCCACCUGGCUGUGCUCGAGCUUUGCGCAUACCUCGGCCACGCGGAGCUACGUCAGAACAGCUCCACGACAAGAUCAACAAUCUGCGACACGGGCGGCCCGGCCAGCAGUAAGGUCAUGCUUUGCGUGUGCGGUGUUGUCUUUCGCCUUUCAGACCAGACCAGACCGUCCACCCGGCCGACCCCCCUACCGGCCACGGUCCGCAAAGUUGCUAUGCAAGGGGCAACCUUGCGCUCUGCGUGAGGUAGUUCUGAUAACAAUGAGUACAAGACAAGCCUACGUACUACAGUGGGGGCCGGGAGAGUUGUUCGGGCUGCACAAGCCCGACUCUACGUGACCCGGCGUGCGCGUCCAGGCGCUGCGGGUCAAGAGAACUUGGCGGCGGUAUCGUCCUUCGGCCGUGGUAUUGGUGUCUGGACUUGUCCAUCUUCUUUUUGGAGAUUGUCGGCCGCGUACCUAGGCUCCCGAACAGGAACACGCUGCGCCAACCUCGGCAUGUCCCAUUAUCCGCCAGCUUUGAACGCCAUUCCCUAGUCCAAGUUUCGCCAACACUCACCCGCCGUGGCACCGAGGCGACGACCGAGUUUCACUUAGGACGCUGGCAGUCUCCUGUGCG